UGUAACGGCCGGUGAGUCGGUGACUAAUGAAACGAUUCGUAAAGUUAGUGGUAAAUAAGAAAGAAAAGUAAUUUGAGUGGUAAACGUGAAAAGUUUGUAUAAUUUGAGUGACAAAACGUGAAAUUUAGCCCUUUUUACCAUGCGGUCACUCUUCUUCUUUGAGCGAGAGGUUAACGCAAAUACGCAAUCGUCGUCGUUUGGGGAGGAACACGAAAGGCCCCCAUCUAAUCUAAGGACGAAGGGAUCGACGCAACCGGUCGAGUUUUUGAGAUAAUUAGCGCCUGGCUCGCAACGCCGCAAAUGCUCUCGAUUCAAAAUUGCUCCGAACUCGGUAGGUUUUCUUGCUGCCAUUUUUAGGAAACUCCUACUCGAUGCUUCAGUAGUUCGGAUUCAAGUCGAAAGAAUCUAGCUUGCUUGGAUCCCUGACGCUUGGGUUAUCUUCAUCCUCCUUUCCGUACACCAACAAUGUCUCCUCGAACGGAGACGCUGUUAAUGCUCGGAGAAGGCAUACAUUACGCGACUCCGGUGAUACCCAGUCUCGCGAUAACUGAAGCUGAAGUGGUACGAGGCGUUCUCCAAAUGCUACAAGGUCUCUCGCUCUCCGGGUCCCUCUUCCGUUGGGACUCGAAUUCGCGCUCCUAUCGUGUUUCCCAGCCGGGAAUCUACCUCACUCACCUCUCCCGCUCCAGCCUACACAACCUUCUCCAUCAGUUCAUCUACGCAGCCACUUGCUUGCGACUUGUGGAACUUUUGCUCGAUAAGCUGAGAUCGGUGGCUUCUACUUCCAUGCCUACUUUGAGCGCUUUUGUGUCUUCUGCCUCCUGUUGGCUCAAGAGGUUGAGGGAUAUUGCUUUGAAGGAGGAAGUGAAGGUAUGCAAUUCCAGUGUUGAAACCACUCCCACUAUGUUGGGACUGUCGAAUUCCUUAUCUAGUCUAUGCUCAGGUGCUGAGUAUCUACUGCAAAUCGUUCAUGGAGCUAUUCCCCAAGAAACUUGUGAGCCAAAUUCGUCUAUUUCAGCUGCUGAAGUGGCCGUCCACAUUCUUGAUUAUCUUUACAAGAAGUUGGAUAAAGUUUGUCUCGUGGAAGGUGGUGAGGAGGAAGGAUAUAGAUUAGUGCUUCAUAUGUUUGUGGCAAGUCUAUUGCCGUAUAUUGAAGCCCUUGAUUCCUGGCUUUUUGAAGGGAUACUUGAUGAUCCUUAUGAGGAGAUGUUCUUUUGUGCUGAUGGAGUAAUCUCAAUCGAGGAUUCUGGGUUCUGGGAGAAGAGUUAUCAGUUUAGACAAGAUCAUAAGCUAGAUGUUCAGAACUCUGGCCACACUUCUGCUGUACCUCCAAUGAAGGGCAUGAAAGAGAUGGGUAAUAGAGAUUCCAUUUCUUUGCCUGCUGCUACGAAAAGAGAGGGGCACAGAAAGGAACUUCAUGUUUGUCCUUUGUUUAUAAGUAACCUGGCAAAGUCAAUUGUCUCUGCUGGAAAAUCUUUGCAACUGAUUCAUCAUGCGCCUACAUCAUUGUCAUGUCCAUCAAGCUUUGCUAAAAGUUACAUGAGCGGGACUGAUGGUUUUGGAAGCAAUAAUUGUGACCAUAAAGUAACCAGCCAACAGCAGAGUUUAGCUGGGUUAACUUUGUCAGAGGUAUUCUGUGUUUCAAUAGUAGGGCUUGUUGGCCAUGGUGAUCAUGUCCAUAAGUACCUGUUAGAUGACAUAAGCCAAUCCAGCAUUGCCUCCACUUCUGGGGCUGAUGCAAUUAGCAAAGAGAUGCGUAAUAGUAACUGUGAGAACUCAGCCGUUUCAUUUUGCUCGGAGAAGAUAUGGUAUAAAUUCAUGUUGGAUGCAUUUUAUCAGAAAAAAACCACUCAUUUAGGAUUUUCUGGUCCAGCUGAGAUUGAGAAACAUACGAUCUCAGGAUUUGUAGUUGGAUCACAACUCCAUAAGUCAUUCUUUCCUGAGAAUCCAGUUAUAACUGUCUGUCAAGCUCUACUCAAGAAUCACAAAGAGACCUGGAGCGCAUUGAACUUGUCAAGAAAUUUUUCUCUGCCUCCUUUGAAUGAUGAUACCUUGCAUGAAGCUGUAUUUGGUGGAAACAAUGACAGUGUCAGAAGAACAAACUAUGCUCUGGGGUUUCAAUACAGUGAAUCCGAGUAUGCUCGUUCAGUCAAUGAGAGAAAGCUCUUAGAACAAUUAUUUCCUUUUCCCACAGUUCUCCCUUCCAUACAGGAUGAUGACCCAAUUUCAGAGCACUUUCCUUUCCAGAAGAAUAGCACACUUCCAUCGAGGGCUCUCUGCUGGAUUCUAAAUGUUGAACCAAUAAGCAAUCCACAUCCUGUAGUUAUUGUGCAGGAAUGCCUAUAUGUUUACAUCAAGAAGCAGGUGGAUUAUGUUGGCAGGAUGGUAUUGUCAAAGUUGAUGAAUGAGUGGAAAUUGAUGGAUGAGCUUGCAGUACUCCGGGCCAUAUACUUUUUAGGUUCAGGUGAUUUGCUGCAGCACUUUUCAACCAUACUUUUCAGUAAGCUGGACAAGGGAGAAACCUGGGAUGAUGAUUUUGAGCUAAACACUAUAUUACAGGAAUCAAUUAGGAAUUCUGCAGAUGGUAAUCUACUCAAUUCUCCAGACUCCUUAGUUGUCACCAUCACCAGAAAUCAAGGAUUUGAUAGUGAUGAACUUCCUAAUACACCUCGAGGUAUCUCAACUCAGAGAAGUCACCCAAACAACUUUGGAAUUGAUGGCCUUGCCUCAUUGAACUUCUCAUACAAGGUAUCUUGGCCACUGGAACUUAUUGCUAAUACAGAGGCCAUUAAGAAGUACAACCAGGUGAUGGUAUUCUUGUUGAAGGUCAAGCGAGUUAAGUUCGUACUUGAUAAAGUCCGAAUGUGGAUGUGGAAGGGUAAAGGCAACACGAGAAACAGCUCCAAACGUCACUGGUUGGUGGAACAAAAGCUCCUUCAUUUUGUCGAUGCCUUUCACCAACAUGUUAUGGAUGGAGUAUAUCAUAGUGCAUGGCGUGAGCUUUGUGAAGGUAUGACCUCAGCUGGCUCUCUCGAUGAAGUCAUGGAAGUACAUGAAGCCUACCUACUAUCAAUUCAGCGGCAAUGCUUUGUCGUACCAGGGAAGCUGUGGUCCGUAAUUGCGAGCCGGAUCAACCGCAUCCUCAGUUUAGCUCUGAACUUCUAUUCCAUUCAGCAGACUUUAGGUAGUGGGGGCACAGCUUCUGCAAUGAAGGCCAAAUGUGAAAUGACAAUUGAACAGAUCGAGAAAAGCUUCGAUGACUGCAUAGCUGUUCUCCUAAGAGUGUUGUCAGUGAAGGUGAACGUGAAACACUUUCCUCAUCUGGCUGAUCUGGUUACCAGAAUUAACUACAACUACUUUUACGUGUCUGAUAACGGUACGCUGAUGACUUCCACUGGCCCGGGAACUGGUGUUUCGAGAACGGUGAAGCCAUUUUAAAGCAGAACUGAUUCUCUGUAUAUGUAAUCUGCAUUUAUGAGUCUUAUGAACCAUGUUUGCGUGGGACAAAAUGCAAGCAGCAAUGGCUUUUUUGUACAGGGUCUUGGGUUCUUAAAAUUCAUGGUAUUGACCCAAAAUUCGAACUCAGAGACGCUUUUUGGUUGGAUAUAUAUGUUUGUGUUUUAGUGAGUAAACAAUUUUUAUACCUUGUUUGAGUGAGAAGGUUUUGGUCUAGUGGUCAAAAUCCGGAAAACAAUUUAAGAACUCUUGCCUUCCCAUGUACAUUGAUAGUCCGGGGCUCUAUCAAGUAAAAGAAGGGAAAAUAGUCAAAAUACACAUUAUCUUUGAUAGUUCGGGGUUCGCCAACCUACGCAACUAAGCGAACUAACUCAUCAUGUGAACCCGUUUGUGGGGUACAUAAAUGCAUCUAGGGGGUGUCAGUUCGGGUCGGGUUCGGUUACCCAAACCGAAACUCGAAAAAACCCGAAAACCCGAAACCGAAAAAUCAUUAAAAUUGAACCCGAACCCGAUAAAGACUUGUGGGUUCCGGUUACCCGAAACCCGAAAAUUCCUUAUCGGGUUUGGGUUCGGUUAAAGCAAAACCGAAAUCCGAAAACCCGAACGCUUUAAAAUAUGGGCUGAGUUCUUUUCAUUGGAGGUUUUUAGCCGGAACCUGAAAAACCGAUAAGCAAAACCGAACCCGAAACCCGAAACGAACACAAACCCGAACUCGAACCCGAAAAACCGAAAAUGAAUAUAAUCGGGUCGGUUUCGGGUAAACCCGAAAAACCGAACCUAAAUGGACACCCCUAAAUGCAUCAUUGAGUACCUACAUGCCUCCUCCAACUUAGCCACCAUCAAAGGAAUAUUUUAAAUGAACUCUGAGGGUUUUCUGGCCGAGCCCAAAACGGCGACCAAGGCUCUUGAUGUCCCCCAACACGUAUAAAGUGACCCACUAGAAUGCUAUACUUCGAAAACACACAAAACACUGCUAAAGUGCAUCAAAUGAUAAAAGAUAGCCUAUAUCUACUAAUUAUGAUCAUUAUAUGAGGAUCUAAAACAACUAUUUCUACGUGUCAUGUUUCAUUCAUAUUCAUAUCUCACUAUUGUAAUCAAAUUAAUUUGGAGGGCAGACAAAAACUAGUACAUCAUAAUAACAAGAAUUAAAAAAUAAACAAAAUGCUCCUUUAAUAGAGGUCACUACCUUAUAGUAGAAAAGAAAUUCGACUGACUCAUCCGCCUUUCUCUCUUCUCAUUUUUUUGUUCUCUAACUUCUUUCUAGAAACCUCCCUAUAUACGGUCAAGGGGUUUCCGCCGGCGUCCGCCGCCCCUUCGCCUUUCCUUCUCCUAUGUUUUCGUGCUUUAUUUUCAUUCUCCUUUCGUUUUUUCGGUCUUCUUUGCCUUGUUUGGCUCUGGUUUCUGCCUCCUUCAGGGCUUUCGUGUCCUUCCCCUCUGCGGGAUGCGUUUUGGCCUCUGAUUUGUUGAUGCAAAUCUAGAGAUGAUGUCCGUUCUAUGUUGCGAAGGAGGCCAAAUCUGACCCAGAUAUGACUUGUUUUAUCCUUUUCUCUCCCCAGCCUACCUCCUUGUUUCACAUUGCAGGUUUUGAUGAUUCGGAGAUGCAGCCUUUUGGCGAUGGACUUGGUUAGAAGAGCUUGAAGACAUAAGUGCACAUGCCUCUAUUUUCCUUUGCCGGCCAACCGGUCGAUCUAUCGUUUUAUCGUAAUAAAUAACUAAAUGCUAAAUUUUUUUAACUCUUAACACUUAAAGAAUCAUCCUAUUAGUUUGGAUUUUACCACAAUAACAACUAUCCUACCACCAUGGUACAACCACAAUACAGUUUUCACCAUCAUUAUGUUUAUAGCAAUAAAAAUUACAAAAUGCA